UUCAGGGGGCCACAAAACCAGUCAGCUUCAGAUCCAUCUCCUGAGACCCUCAGCUCAAGGCCCACCUCUGUUCUGAGGGGUCAAGCUAGCCUGUUGGCAGGGAAUGGGGAAGUUCUGCAGGGCCACCUCAGGCUGAUGCUCCUGUGCACGGGGGUCAAGAGGGUCACCGAUGUCUUCACAGUUGCUGGUGGGAACACACUUCGAACUUCGCAGACGCUCGCCAUACUCAGGUUCACUGGGGUCUGAAGUGGUAUCUGAGCAGCUUGGGCCUGGCAGGCGUGCCCAGACCUGCCCUGGAAUUUUUGGAAUAGCUGAAGGCAGAACAGGCAGCUUGAAGCUGAGGGCAGUACAAACACAGAGCCACUGCUUAGACCCUCUUGCAUUCCCACAAUCCCAUGGGAGCUGUCCCAAAAUGAGGCUUUGGGACACUCCAAGGAGUGCCUCCUGUGUCUGGGAUAGACAGUCCCUUUUCUGAUGCCCCUGGGCAGUUUAAAGAUCAGUUUCACUGUCUGUAUAUAACAGGACAGGGCAACAGUGGACAAGGCAGCACAGAUAGGGUAAGCAAGUUACCCUAGGUUACACAGAAGAGCUAGGAAUCUAAGCCAGGGUUCUGACAAUCUGAACACCCAGAGGCUGGGUAUGCAAACCCUGGCCAAGUUGUAUACCCUAGACCUCUUCUCUAAGUUAAAGGAUUAUUCUCCUCUCUGGGGUUCAUUCUGGAUGGACUGGAGUCUGGACUAGGAACAGGGACCUGCAGCUUAGCCCUUACCUGACUCUGGUGGACCCUGGACCUAGAUCUGGCCCCCUCACUGUAUGGCCUUGCCUCUGAACCUCUCUGGGCCUCACUCCUUGUCACUGGAAUGACACUGGAUCACUGGAAUGGUGCUGCAAGGACUAGAAGCAGCUCUUGGUUGGUUGGAUGGUUGGUUUGUUCUCGAGACAGGAUCUCCCUCUGGGAUUCAGGCUGGACUUUAGCUUACUGUGUAGCCCAGGCUGGCCUCAAAUUUAUGAUCAUCCUGUUUCAGGCUCUCAAAUGCUGGGAUUACAGGCAUGAACCACCAUGCCUGGCUGGAGGUAACACUUGGAAAGGUCACCCUGGAGUGAUGCCUAAAGAGGCAAGGUAUCACUUGGGUCUUGGAGGACCUUCUUCAGGCAUUUGGAGCUGGAGGACCUGCUGUGUGCCCAGUUGUACCUUUUCUGGAUACCAGUGUGUACUCCUCAGCAAGACAAAGUAACAGUGGUGGGGCAGGCUGCAGUGCCUCAGUUUAGAAUAAUUUAUCAUUCAUUUCCAACUUAUUUCCACAAAAGGAUCAGAAAUAUGCAAUAAAAGUGCCUCCCUAAGGAAUACAGGAGACCAGAACUCUGUGAUUAGAUAAAUGAUGAUAUUUAAGUAAAUUUAGCCUGGAGAUUCCUGGCAGCCAAGGCAGAAAGGGAAGUAAAAUGAGACAUGUAGCUGCCAUUUUCUGUCAAAAUGAAGAAUCUGAUUUAUUUAGGGGAGACACUUCUUUGUCACAAAGAAUCCAAGAGUAAUUUUCAGAGGCUUCUCACUGAAGAGCUAUCAAUAUAAAAGACAGUGUUACUGGGUUUUCAGACUUGAGACUCCUGAUCCUGAAUAAGCAAAUAUAAGAUAUCAGAGUGUCUGAGGAGCUAUGUGACUCUACUGAACUUUGACAUGACUUGGUAGGCUGAGUAGGCCUCAUGCUGCCUUUGUCCACCAUGCCAUUGGCACUGAUUAGUAUGCCAUCAUCAAAUGUGGGACUGAGCUGCUUGGCCCACUAGUUAAUCAGGUUGCUGGAUGAGGCAGAUGUUCAGCUUUCACAUGCUAAGAGAAGGAGGAGCUGACUGCCAGAGAAAUUGUCAUGGGCACACUUUCCCUGUCAGUCUUGAUGGUAAUCUAUAGUGCAGCACCUACAAAGUGGUCAUGGGCUUGGAGGGGGCAAGUUAAAUCACAUGCUAAUAGCAAGAGAGUGUUUCAGAUAGAGGAAGAUGCAUUAGUCAACAUUCUCAGCUGCAAAUAAGAAAGAAAUUGCAUAUUGAAACAAAAAAUUGGUGGUCAUGGCCAGUGCAUGGCCCAAUUACACCACUAGUCUGGGUUGGUGAUGACGCCUCUGCCACCACUCCCUUCUGUUCUCCAAUCCAUCUACCCUCAAAACUGCGUACUACUGCCAUUCAACACCAAAGUGGCUUAUUUGAACUCAAAUAUCAGCUUCCCAUUGCUGUCUGACCUUGAGCCAGGGCUGCAACUGCCAGGCUCCCUUCGGUGAGGGGCACUCAGCAUCUAGAAAGAGUGCUUGGGCCAGGGAUUUAGCUCAGUGGAUCCGCUGCCUGCCUCUCAAGUGCAAGGUCCCGAGUUUGAUUCCCGGUACCAAAAAAAAAAAAUUAAGUAGAAAGAGUGUUUGUCCUCUUCUGCUUGCUUGGUGGAAAGCUGGUAAGGUGAGGCACACGAGGGACAAAGGUUGGGAAGCAAAGAAAAGUGAAUGAUGGGAGGCCAGAAAAAGCCAAGCUUUGAGAUGGGUUUACCAGAAAAAGGUGCACUUAGCCGCUUUCUCUCAGAUUUUCUUGGAGUUGAGGCAAAAUCUCACUAGCCUGAGUUGUGGAUGGAGGCUGGCAUCUGCCUCUCACCUGUUCUGGGGCAAACUGCUACGAUCUGGAGACCAGGAAGCCAACACGUGGCUCCUGCCAGCAGCCACACUCCUAACUUUUCCACCCUGCUCAAUCCAACACCCAAGGCGGCCUGGCUCUCAUAGAUGAUCCUGACCUAGACAGUUCCUUGCACUUUCCUCUCCACAGUGUUCGAAUUGUCCAGCCUCCCAGCAUCCUCGGGGCUGCCCUCCAGGGCACCCCCGUGCGGAGCAUGGUGGGAAGGCUAGCAGGCCGCCUGCCAGCCAUGCCAUCCAAAGGUUCACUGUGCCGUGUCAUCUAUCUGGUUCCUAAAGACACCGCACCUCUGGCGCGGGGCACACUGGGACAGGGUAACCACAGGGAGAACAGCCCUUUUCUUUGCCCCUUGGAGGCUUCCAGAGGAAGUGACUACUAUGAUAGGAACCUGGCACUGUUUGAGGAGGAGCUGGACAUCCGCCCAAAGGUAUCAUCACUUCUGGGCAAACUCGUCAGCUAUACUAACCUCACCCAGGGUGCCAAGGAGCAUGAAGAGGCUGAGAGUGGGGAAGGCACCCGCCGGAGAGCAGCCAAGGCACCCAGCAUGGGCACCCUCAUGGGGGUGUACCUGCCCUGCUUACAGAAUAUCUUCGGAGUCAUCCUCUUCCUGAGGCUAACCUGGAUGGUAGGCAUGGCCGGGGUGCUGCAGGCGCUCCUCAUUGUGCUCAUCUGCUGCUGCUGUACUUUGCUGACAGCCAUUUCCAUGAGUGCCAUCGCCACCAAUGGUGUGGUUCCAGCUGGUGGCUCCUACUUCAUGAUCUCCCGCUCACUGGGACCAGAAUUUGGAGGUGCUGUAGGCCUAUGCUUCUACCUGGGAACAACAUUUGCAGCAGCCAUGUACAUCCUGGGCGCCAUCGAGAUCUUGCUGACCUACAUUGCCCCACCAGCUGCCAUUUUUUACCCAUUGGGUGCUCAUGACACAUCAAAUGCCACCUUGAACAAUAUGCGUGUGUACGGGACCAUUUUUCUGACAUUUAUGACCCUAGUGGUGUUUGUUGGUGUCAAGUAUGUGAACAAAUUCGCUUCACUCUUCCUGGCCUGUGUGAUCAUCUCCAUCCUUUCCAUCUAUGCUGGAGGCAUCAAGUCUAUUUUUGACCCUCCUGUGUUUCCGGUAUGCAUGCUAGGCAACAGGACUCUGUCCCGGGACCAGUUUGAUAUCUGCGCCAAGACAGCUGUGGUGGACAAUGAGACAGUGGCCACCCACCUGUGGAGUUUAUUCUGCCACAGUCCCAACCUUACCACUGAUUCCUGUGACCCCUACUUCCUGCUCAACAAUGUGACUGAGAUCCCUGGCAUCCCUGGGGCAGCUGCUGGUGUGCUCCAGGAAAACCUGUGGAGUGCCUACCUGGAGAAGGGCGAGGUGGUGGAGAAGCAUGGGCUGCCCUCCGUGGACACUCUCAGCCUGAAGGACAGUCUGCCCCAGUACGUGAUGGCUGACAUUGCCACAUCCUUCACAGUGUUGGUUGGCAUUUUCUUCCCCUCUGUAACAGGCAUCAUGGCUGGCUCCAAUCGCUCCGGGGACCUCCGUGAUGCCCAGAAGUCCAUCCCGGUGGGAACCAUUCUGGCCAUCGUUACAACUUCACUUGUGUACUUCAGCAGUGUGGUUCUCUUUGGUGCCUGCAUCGAGGGUGUGGUGCUCCGGGACAAGUAUGGGGAUGGUGUCAGCAGGAACCUGGUGGUGGGCACAUUGGCCUGGCCUUCGCCCUGGGUCAUUGUUAUUGGCUCCUUCUUCUCAACAUGUGGCGCUGGCCUCCAGAGCCUCACUGGGGCACCACGCCUGUUGCAGGCCAUCGCCAAGGACAACAUCAUUCCCUUCCUCCGGGUAUUUGGCCACGGAAAGGCGAAUGGCGAACCAACUUGGGCACUCCUCCUGACUGCGCUCAUCGCUGAGCUUGGCAUCCUUAUUGCUUCCCUCGACAUGGUGGCCCCCAUUCUAUCCAUGUUCUUUCUGAUGUGUUACCUCUUUGUGAACCUGGCCUGUGCUGUCCAGACACUCUUGAGGACCCCCAACUGGCGGCCUCGGUUCAAAUAUUAUCACUGGGCGCUGUCCUUCUUGGGCAUGAGCCUCUGCCUGGCCCUUAUGUUUGUCUCCUCCUGGUACUAUGCCCUGGUCGCCAUGCUCAUUGCGGGCAUGAUCUACAAGUACAUCGAGUACCAAGGGGCUGAGAAGGAGUGGGGUGAUGGUAUUCGAGGCCUAUCCCUGAGCGCUGCCCGCUAUGCACUGUUACGGCUAGAGGAGGGCCCUCCUCACACCAAGAACUGGCGGCCUCAGCUCCUGGUGCUCCUGAAGCUAGACGAGGACCUUCAUGUGAAGUACCCCCGGCUCCUCACCUUUGCCUCCCAGCUUAAGGCAGGCAAGGGCCUGACAAUUGUUGGCUCUGUCAUCCAGGGCAGCUUCUUGGAGAGCUAUGGCGAGGCCCAGGCUGCUGAGCAGACAAUCAAGAACAUGAUGGAGAUUGAGAAAGUAAAAGGCUUCUGCCAGGUAGUGGUGGCCAGCAAGGUGCGUGAGGGACUGGCUCACCUCAUCCAGUCUUGCGGCCUAGGCGGCAUGAGGCAUAACUCCGUGGUGCUGGGCUGGCCCUAUGGCUGGCGACAGAGUGAGGACCCCCGUGCCUGGAAGACCUUUAUUGACACUGUGCGCUGCACCACAGCUGCCCAUCUGGCCCUGCUGGUGCCCAAGAACAUCGCCUUCUACCCCAGCAACCAUGAGCGCUACCUGGAGGGCCACAUUGAUGUAUGGUGGAUCGUGCACGAUGGUGGCAUGCUCAUGCUUUUGCCCUUCCUGCUCCGCCAGCAUAAGGUUUGGAGGAAGUGCCGGAUGCGAAUCUUCACAGUGGCCCAGAUGGAUGACAAUAGCAUCCAGAUGAAGAAGGAUUUGGCCAUCUUCCUCUACCACCUCCGCCUUGAGGCAGAGGUGGAGGUGGUGGAGAUGCAUAACAGCGACAUAUCUGCCUACACCUACGAACGCACACUGAUGAUGGAACAGCGGUCCCAGAUGCUGCGGCAGAUGCGGCUGACCAAGACUGAGCGGGAGCGAGAAGCACAACUGGUCAAGGAUAGGCACUCAGCUUUGCGUCUGGAAAGCCUGUACUCAGACGAGGAAGACGAGUCUGCAGCAGGGGCUGACAAGAUCCAAAUGACAUGGACCCGAGACAAGCACAUGACUGAGCCCUGGGACCCCAGCCAUGCCCCUGACAACUUCCGGGAGCUGGUGCAUAUUAAGCCGGACCAGUCCAAUGUGCGACGCAUGCACACUGCUGUAAAGCUCAAUGAAGUCAUUGUCACACGAUCCCACGAUGCCCGCCUGGUCCUACUGAACAUGCCUGGCCCACCCAAAAACAGCGAGGGUGAUGAGAACUACAUGGAGUUCCUUGAGGUGCUGACUGAGGGCCUUGAGCGGGUGUUGUUGGUGCGUGGCGGUGGCCGUGAAGUCAUCACCAUCUACUCCUGAGCCCAGUGUAGUCUUGUGACCUGGAGUGGGGGUGUCCAGGGCAACAGCUCUCCUCCCCCAGCACUUACUUGCCAGCUCUGCUUCACCCAGCCUUGCCUUGGACCGGCUUUGCUAGGUCUCCCGGAAAACCAGGCCUGGGCCUGGCAAUGGAGAUGGAUCUGAUGUCCUGUAGGACCCUGGGAGGUUUGGGGAUUGACUUGGCCUCCGGGACCCCAGUAGUCUUGCCCUGCUAGAGAAGACUGGUAGGGGCUAAUGUGGAGUUUGGAGGCCCAGCCCGGCCCUGCAACACUAUUUAUUGUAUAUUUAUUGUUUGUAUGUCACCAUCAGAGAGAAGGGAAAGGCAGUAAGGGAGGGGGUCAAGCCCAGCCUGCCUGCAGGAAGACCUGGCUUGGGCUAUUGUGUACAGGGACCCCCACCAAGCCAAGCAGAAUGGAUCUGGCUGAGCUGAGGCCUGACUUUUUUCAAUAAAACAUUGUGUACUUCUGGG